UGGGAGAGUUCUACCUCCGCUAUGACCGCAGAGCUCUGCGCGACGCUCUGCACCGGCUCGGCCUACUAUGGAACCCAGUAUUCUCAAGAGUGCUGGUGCGGCGACAACGUCGACUACGAUGCCAACGGCUUCAGCGUCUGCGACAUGCCCUGCUCGGGCAACUCAGACGAGAUGUGCGGUGGCGCGUACACCAUGUCGGUGUACCAAACCCUUUGAUUUUCCGUUCCGUGGCUGCUUCAUCAAGGCAUCAACCAACCGCGACACUACUACCUAGGAAGACGGCAAAAUGGAGGUCUCUCACUUCGAAUAGAUUGUACUGCAGUAUCCAGCUUCCGAAGUCGUACGUAGAAGGUUAUAUGUUUCGGGCAGGAGGCGUGGUCAGCAGUCCACGGGAGCGGCAAAAAAAACUUACUUACGUGCUUCGCUUGGCAACAUCGACGUCGUGCUUGGGGCUUGUGUCGCCAACUUGUUCGGCGAGCCGGUCACCAUUCCGAAGUCGGCUACGGCAAGUCGGUCAACGUUCGGGACACAGUUCGCGGGCUAGUCGGUAGCACGGUGGACGUGGUUCGUAGCUGGGCACUUGAACCCAAAUGUAGUGUUGCUAGGAAUUAAUUGUUCUCUCUUUGGCAUUUUAGAAAAAAGCGACGUUGACAUGAAACUUCUC